AUGGAACAUGAAACGUUUUAUGAUAAUCAACACGCAGAUGAUGAGGAUGUGUUUGCGGUAAGGAGUAGAAGAAGUCAGCUUAGCUAUCAAAAUGAAGCCAUACCAUUAUUGAGUCAUGCGAGGAUUAUAGAACAACAACGGCAACAACAACUGUCACUGUUGAAUGCAACAAACAACAUUCUAUCAUCCCGCCUUUCACCAGAUAUAAAUGCCAUGAAUAUUUCAACAACUGCCUAUCACCAACAACAACAACAGCAGCAACACCAUCACCAACACAGUCAACAAUAUCAACGUCUACACCAACAACCAAUAGACCAAGAUGUGUCCGAUGAACAGCAACAACAACAUCAGUCUCAUAAUAAUGGCAAACGUGAUAUUUUACUAAAAAUACGCCAUCAAAUAUUCGAACGUAAACGUUUACGUGAAAAAGGUUAUGAACCUCAUCAUUCGCUUAAUGGCUCGGCGGCUGCUGCACAGGUAUGGCGACCUUGGUAA